AUGAGAGAGGUUAUUUACUUCGUUGGACGGAGCGAGUUGAAACUCACAAUCGCGUAUGUUCCGAACCGAAGAAAGGGGGAGCUGCUUCUGAAUUCCAGAAUUGUUGAGCUGGCGGUGACUCAGCUAACCGACUUGGAGUUCGCAUCUAAGCGUGACGUGGAAAAGCUGGUACUUGAUUCUGCGAAUUCCGGCGAAAUCGCUCAUCCUGACCAGAUUUCGGCAGCAACGGCGUCCGCGCCAGAGGGGGAAAUCCUGCCUUCACCAAAUGCCACCUCCCUGUCGUCCCCCGCGUUCGUGGUGUGGGGCGCAAACACAGGCGUGGGGAAGACCCUCGUUUCCGCGGGGCUUGCUGUCGCGCUGCUUGCGCGAGCUGCGCGGAGGGGGGGCGCGGAAGCGGGUGGGGGAGGUGAAACGGACGCAGCGGAUGGGGAAAGGGGCGUGCAGGGGAAAACUGCCGUGAAUUGCGGCGGAUUCCAUUUGGAGUAUGUGAAACCGCUGCAGACAGGGUACCCUGAAGAUUCGGAUGCUCGCCUGGUGAUGCUGGCUGCUGCACACUGCGUUGGCAGCAGCGGCAGCUGCAGCGGUGGCACCAUUAGUGGUCUUUCCCCCCAUCCCACUUUUAUAUCCCUCCAUCCCUCCAACCCGUCUCUCUCUUCUUUUCCCCGUCCCUACAUUCCUUCCUCCCAUCUCUCCCCGCUUUCCCCAUCUCUCCCCGCUUUCCCCCUCUCUCCCCGCUUUCCCCCAUCUCUCCCCGCUUUCCCCCAUCUCUCCCCGCUUUCCCCCAUCUCUCCCCGCUUUCCCCCAUCUCUCCCCGCUUUCCCCCAUCUCUCCCCGCUUUCCCCCAUCUCUCCCCGCUUUCCCCCAUCUCUCCCCGCUUUCCCCCAUCUCUCCCCGCUUUCCCCCAUCUCUCCCCGCUUUCCCCCAUCUCUCCCCGCUUUCCCCCAUCUCUCCCCGCUUUCCCCCAUCUCUCCCCGCUUUCCCCCAUCUCUCCCCGCUUUCCCCCAUCUCUCCCCGCUUUCCCCCAUCUCUCCCCGCUUUCCCCCAUCUCUCCCCGCUUUCCCCCAUCUCUCCCCGCUUUCCCCCAUCUCUCCCCGCUUUCCCCCAUCUCUCCCCGCUUUCCCCCAUCUCUCCCCGCUUUCCCCCAUCUCUCCCCGCUUUCCCCCAUCUCUCCCCGCUUUCCCCCAUCUCUCCCCUUUUUUCCCCCAUCUCUCCCCGCUUUCCCCCAUCUCUCCCCGCUUUCCCCCAUCUCUCCCCGCUUUCCCCCAUCUCUCCCCGCUUUCCCCCAUCUCUCCCCGCUUUCCCCCAUCUCUCCCCCUUUCCCCCAUCUCUCCCCGCUUUCCCCCAUCUCUCCCCGCUUUCCCCCAUCUCUCCCCGCUUUCCCCCAUCUCUCCCCGCUCUUUCCCCCAUCUCUCCCCGCUUUCCCCCAUCUCUCCCCGCUUUCCCCCAUCUCUCCCCGCUUUCCCCCAUCUCUCCCCGCUUUCCCCCAUCUCUCCCCGCUUUCCCCCAUCUCUCCCCGCUUUCCCCCAUCUCUCCCCGCUUUCCCCCAUCUCUCCCCGCUUUCCCCCAUCUCUCCCCGCUUUCCCCCAUCUCUCCCCGCUUUCCCCCAUCUCUCCCCGCUUUCCCCCAUCUCUCCCCGCUUUCCCCCAUCUCUCCCCGCUUUCCCCCAUCUCUCCCCGCUUUCCCCCAUCUCUCCCCGCUUUCCCCCAUCUCUCCCCGCUUUCCCCCAUCUCUCCCCGCUUUCCCCCAUCUCUCCCCGCUUUCCCCCAUCUCUCCCAUCUCUCCCCGAACUCUCGCCAAAUUCCCCCAUCCCUUCCCCCAUUCCGCGCCAGACCCCUGCGCCUGCCUUGUAUUCUAGUGGGAGACGGGCGGCUGGGCGGCAUCUCGGUCACUGUAGCAGCAGUUGACAGCCUGGCAGGGCGGGGGUAUGACGUGGCAGCGGUGGUGCUGUGUCAGGACGAGGAGGGACGACUUGAUAACGCAGAUUAUCUAAAGUCUCCCGCUACCGAUUUCCAAUCCUCCUCUUACUCCACACUCAACCCGAACCUCAUCGACUGGCUCGGCAAAUCGGAAGGAAGCUUCCAGGAACUUGUGCAAGUGUUGGAACAGUACCACGGGAAGAGGUUGCGGGCACUGGAACGGGCAGCUGAACGGGCACACGAAACUCUCUGGUGGCCGUUCACCCAGCAUGGCAUGGUGGGAGUAAAGGACGUGACAGUCAUCGAUUCCCGGGCAGGCGAAAACUUUUCCGUCUUCCGACCGAACCAGACCGAAAACCUGUCGGAGGCUCGGGCCGAGCCUGGGAGGGAGGUUCGGGAAGAGGCUCGGUUGGAGGAGUGGUUUGAUGGGUGUGCGAGCUGGUGGACCCAGGGGCUGGGCCCUGUGUUGCAGGGGGAGCUAUCGAGGGAGAUAGGGGCGGCCAUGGCUCGAUACGGGCAUGUCAUGUUCCCUGAGAACACUCAUGCACUGGCUCUUGAGGCUGCUGAACUGUUACUGCAGGGCGUCGGGAAAGGAUGGGCCUCUCGAGUGUUCUUCUCAGACAACGGGUCCACAGCCAUUGAGGUGGCGCUCAAGAUGGCCUUCCGCUCCUUCUGCACUCGAAAUGGCGUGGGAUCCGAUGGUCCUCCAGAUCUUAAGGUGAUUGCACUGACUGGAUCUUACCACGGUGACACGCUGGCAGCCAUGCAUGCCCAGUCACCCUCCCCAUACACCUCCUUCCAGCAGCAGCCAUGGUACGGAGGCAAGGGCGUGUUCCUUGACCCGCCAACAGUGGAGUAUUCCCAAGUGCUGCACGGGGCGGGAGGCAUGGUCAUGAUCGACCCGCUCUUCCAGCGCACACUCGUCUCCUUCUGUCGUUCUCGCGCCAUCCCAGUCAUCUUUGACGAGGUCUUUGCUGGCUGCUGGCGCCUCGGCACGCAGUCAGCAGCAGAGCUACUGGGCUGUUCCCCGGACAUAGCCUGCUAUGCCAAGCUGCUGACAGGUGGCAUGAUCCCAUUGGCCGUCACUCUCGCCUCGUCCUCUGUCUUUGAUGCCUUCUAUGGCUCCUCCAAGCUCGAUGCUCUGCUGCAUGGUCACUCCUACACUGCCCACCCUGCUGGCUGUGCUGCGGCCUGUGUUUCUCUCAAAGCACUUUCAGACCCAGCUCGCAACCCCAACCUCCUUCCCGACGGCUCUCAGCUAAAAGAGUUGUGGGACCCCUCGUUAGUGGAACAAAUCUCCUGUCACCCCUCGAUACAGCGCGUGCUGGCUAUAGGAACAGUCUUUGUGGCCGAGCUCAGGACAGAUGGGGCCGGCUACGGCUCGUCAGCAGCCAAGGGGCUCUUAUCACGGCUGAGGCACCAUGGCAUAUACGCACGGCCGCUGGGCAACGUGGUUUAUUUCAUGUGUGGGCCCUACACGCCCCCCUCCACCUGCUCCCGGUUGCUUCGGAUUCUGCUAGCACUGCUUGAUUAA